AUGGAGAGAGGCAGGGAGGACUUCGGAAAGCCUAACCCGAUAAGAACUAACAAAUUCAGAAACAAGGAUAAAUUAUGUGCAUACCAUAACGAGGCGGGCCAUAACACCUCUGAGUGCUGGGCUUUGAGGGAUGCCAUCGAGGACCUGAUCAGAAGAGGUCAGUUGAGGGACUAUGUGGUGCAACCUACCAAUCAGUCGACCCAGCAAUUAGCACAACAACCAACUCCUCCCGACGAUGAGCGCUCACCGGCCGUUCGAACGAUCUACACAAUUCAUGAUGGACCGCAACUCGCUGGGACUUCCCACAAGUCCCAUGAAAGGAACGUGCGUGAGGUCAACCAUGUUUUGUUGACAGGGUCAAACGGGCAGGCCGCACCCAUGAAGCGAGCUAGGGGGAUUACAGAGGAAAUCACUUUCUCAGAGGAAGAGGCCAGAGAUGUCCACUGGCCACACAAUGACGCCCUCGUUAUUCGGGCCUGGAUUGGCAAUGCCGAAGUGCGAAGGAUAAUGGUGGAUAUAGGCAACUCAGUGAAUGUAAUGUGGAUCAACCUUCCUUUUACCGUUGGAGAUGCAGAUCGCCAGGCCACCACAUUAACAGAGUUCUUCAUAGUGGACUGCCCUUCGGCAUAUAACGUCGUGCGUGGGAGGCCGACAAUGAACGAUCUGGAUAUGGUCACCUUUACCAGGUCACAGACUGUCAAAUUCCCUACCCCCAACAGAAUAGGAUCUGUGCGAGGUGAGCAACACCUCGCAAGACGCUGCUACGAAGAUGCCAUAAAAAUGGGGGUUAAAGGGAAGAAGGUGAAGCCCGUCGCAAGAAGCGACCCACAGCCUGCUAGCUAG